AUGGCGGAGCACGACCUCACGGCGCUGAUGGCGGCGCAGCUGGACCGGCACCUGGUGUUCCCGCUGCUGGAGUUCCUCCAGGAGCGGCAGCUCUACUCGGAGCCCGAGUUCCUGGAGGCCAAGAUCCGCCUCCUCAGCGGCACCAACAUGGUCGACUAUGCCAUGGACAUCCACAAGUCCCUCCACGGCACCGACGACGUCCCCGAGGACAUGGUCAAGCGCCGCGCCGAGGUCGUCUCCAGGCUCAGGUCGCUCGAGGAGGCCGCCGCCCCGCUCGUCGCCUUCCUCCAGAACCCGCAGCUCGUGCAGGAGCUCAGGCCCGACAAACAGUACAACAUCCACAUGCUCCAGGAGCGGUACCAGAUUGGUCCUGACCAGAUUGAAGCUCUGUAUCAGUAUGCCAAAUUUCAGUUCGAGUGUGGUAACUACUCAGGGGCUGCUGAUUACCUGUACCAGUAUCGUGCUUUGUGCACAAACAGUGAGCCAAACUUCUCAUCACCUCUGAAUCAGCUCCAGAACAGGAUAUGGCUGAUGCAUUGGGCUCUGUUCAUCUUCUUUAACCAUGAAAAUGGUAGAAAUGGUAUCAUUGAUCUGUUCUUCCAGGACAGGUACUUGAAUGCUAUACAGACAAAUUCCAACCAUCUUCUUAGAUACCUAGCUACUGCAGUUGUUGUGAACAAAAGGAGAAGGAAUAUGCUUAAAGAGUUGAUUAUGGUCAUUCAGCAGGAGCAGCAUAGCUACAAGGAUCCCAUAACUGAAUUUCUGGAAUGCUUAUAUGUCAACUAUGAUUUUGAUGGUGCUCAACAAAAACUCAUGGAGUGUGAGCAGGUUAUACUGAAUGAUCCUUUCCUGGGCAAGUGCAUUGAAGAGGGAAAUUUUGUCACUGUUCCUUUGAGAGACGAGUUCCUUGAAAAUGCUCGUCUGUUUAUUUUCGAGACAUACUGCCGUAUCCAUCGGUGCAUUGAUAUCAGCAUGCUUUCUCAGAAGCUGAACAUGAGCUACGAUGAGGCUGAGUUGUGGAUAAUGAACUUGGUUAGGAGCUCAAAACUGGAUGCCAGGAUUGAUUCAGUGUCAGGAACUCUUAUCAUGACGACCAACCACGUCAAUGUACAUGAGCAGAUUAUCGAGAGCAUGAAGGGCCUCAACAUGCGAACCUACAUGCUCGCAAAGAACAUCGUGGAGCCAGCUCAAGCAGCGCAACAGUCAACUCGGUGA